GUAGGCAGUCGAGAGAAAACAGUCGUGAUCACCUCACAUACGGAGUGCGUGCGCGCGCGCGAUAUUUUACCGGAACGACAACGACGACAGCAGGCGACGAACGGCCGCCUCGAGCUCUCUGCAACUAUUCGGUUCGAUCGCAACCGCUAGGCUGGUCCUAAGUUUCGUUCCCAAAACCUUGGAGCCUAGCAGCGAGCCGUCUACGGUGUGUCCGAUCGCGCCAUUGUCCCUCGCGCGUCUCUAGCUUUCGCACAAACGUUCGCGUAAUCCAGCCGGAUCAUCCGCGAAAGUGUCUUCACGUUCCGCAGGGCUUUCAUGGUGUACAGUGUAACGAAAAACAAUGUUCAUCGGUGCGUGCUAUUCUUUCCACACCGGGCGUGUUUUACAGAGGACCCGUAUUCUGUAGCAAACUAGCCGUAUAAAAUUGGCGGAUCUCCUCGCGCAUUGCGGCGCAGGGAAAUGCUGUUGUGGAAAGUAUUAAUGUUACUGUAUUGAAGAGGAGUCGUUCGUGGAAAUUGUUCGACGAGUAUAGUUGACAAAGGUGGAAUCCCGAUCCCGUUUCGAUUGUGUCAAAAGCAUCAAAUUAAAAAGAAAACCCAAUGGAAUGGUGCUGCAGCCAGUGAAGGUGCAAUAUAUUUAACUUCAUUCGCACACCCCACGUACAACGGCAGGCUGCAAAAAAGUGUUUUGAGUGCAAUUGAACCUGCAAAAUAAAGCAAAGUUUAAACUGCGGUGAAAUACUCCAACAAGUGGUUACCUAAUUUGCUGGCAAAAAUCAUCAUCAUCAUCAUCACAGUUGGGCGGUGCUAAUGAUCGUGCGCGUUUGUAAAGCAAGCGCUGAAAAGUGUGAUAGAGCAGGCCAGCAUUGCAAACGCAACUGCGUUCUGUGAGAACGAAGUGAAUGCGAAAAUCCCAGAAAAGUGUAUUAAACCCGGCAUGUAAAGCGCUUCGAUUCGUAUUGAAACACUGACCAAAAUUUCGUCGCAUGUCCCUGCGCGUGUAUAAGUGACGCUUCGAAAAACAAUCACGGACGCUCAGGCCCUUCAGCAACCGUUCCGAAGUGUGCUGCCCGAUGGCAUCGUUCUCUAAUGCCGCGUCGCUGUUUUUCGGUGACACACUAACGCAUGGUAAUACCGUGUAACGUUUCGAAUGACAUCGGUAGUGCGAAAGCCGCUCACCGCCAGCCAGAUGCAAAAUAGACAUCAAUACCCGUCGCUUCACCCUUCUCAACCUUCCCAACCCAAGACCAAACCCUGCCACUAGGAAGGAUUAUCACAUUCCCAUCAAACGUAGCGACAACAAUAGUGUAUCAAAGACGAGAAUCCAAAGAUAGCGUGGAAACUACAAAUAUUAGCAACAGUAGUAGUAGCAAUAGUAGUCGUAGUAGUAGUAGUGGUAAGCAGUCUGUCUGCAAACGACAUUCCAUUACAAAAUAGUUUUUUUGGUGCAACGCUUACGGUUGCACUAAUCAUAUACUACAGUAGAAAUUUCAAUUCACGCACGAGGGGGUGUUCCCGGAAGAGCACCAUUGAAUAUUCCACAUUUCUACGUUGCGACCGGAGUAAGAAAAGCAGUGUUUAAAUGCUUGGAGUUAGAAUGCUGAUGCUGCACUAUAGCAAACACGGCGAGUGCAUACUCCAGGAAAUUGGUGCAGCAUUUCGCGGAGAGCAUGCGACGGAUCUGCUACUCAUCUGUGAUGGGAAGGAGACUGUGCGAGCACACAAGUUGGUACUGGCGGCUGCCAGUCCACUCAUACGAAUGAUUUUGGAAGAGACUCCGAUGCUGGAGGGCGAAACCACCGUUUACUUCCCGGAUGUGCAGGUGUGUUACUUCCGGCUGCUGCUCGACUUCCUGUACUCCGGGCAAGUGUACGUGCCCGCAAACGAGGUGCACCACCUGCAAGAUCUCUUAGCGUUACUACAAAUUAAGCCCAGCAUCUGGAAAAACUCCGACUGCUCCAACGACAGUGAAUCGCAAAAGUCAGAACCCUUGGUAGAUAUCAACCGGAAUGAGGGUAUCGGAGCACUGGAUCAUCGUCGGAGGCGCACAAAGAGUCAGGAUCAUUCAGGUUCGCGCGACGCCAGUCCAGCCAGCCGAAGGAUAAACGUUAAACGAGAGCACCAUUCUGCGGGCAGCUCGGAGGAUGGUGGUGACCGUGAGGAUACCGAUUACAUGGACGAGGUCGAUGAAGCGAUCAUCAAGAGCAACAACAACUUGCAGCAAAUCAAUCGGCACGACGAAGAUGACGGUGGCGGAAGUGCAACCGGUGGGGGUGGGAGUGGUAUCGCGGGCGACGAAGCGGGCAGUACUGCCGGGGAGGCAAGGAGUGAAUCGAGCAGCAGUCGUGGGGGUGAUGUGACGGUUGAAGCUUCCCGCUCGUCGAACGUCGAUCGGCGAACUCCCUCGGCAAGGCACAGCGGUGAAGGCAGUGGCUGUGAUCCCGAUCCGGAAGACGACGAAGAUUUUGAGCUGGACGUGGAAGACCGCGACAUGAUGGACGAUGGAGCGCGUGCUGAGGCGAUCAGUCGAACGCCCAACAGUGCCGGUGGCAGUGAUACGUUGCGCAGUCGAAGACGCAGCUCGUCCGAUCCCGUCAAUCUGUCCAUCGUAAAGCAGCAGCAGCAGCAGCAGCAGCAACAGGAUGGAGAUUCAGAUGACGCAAACAUCGAUGUCGAAACGAUAGGCAAUGCACCGACGAAGAAUCUGCUUCCUCCUCGAUACUUGGAUCCGUUUCGUACCAAGCGGAAAGCGUACUACAUACAUUCCGAUGCCGAAUCGCUGAAGCCACUCGAGCACGAACUGCUGCACGGCUCGCCGGACAACUAUGUCGUGACUCCGCACCGGAAGCGACGGCCCGGAUUUCACAACUCGCCGGCACAGAAUCCACCCUUCGUGCCCAGCUAUUUGGAGGAUAUUCGGACACGCAAGUGCUUCCUCUCUGCACCGCCGACGUAUUUGCCAGAUGCACGACCCGGUUCACCUGGUACCCCUCGGCCCACCGACAUUGCGGCGCUCGGUAACAACCAUUCGUCCAGCAAUAACAACAACAACAACACAAGCAGCAACAACAACAAUCGGAUACGUCCGCCCAGCGCGGACAACAAGCUUGCGGUUGCGCCGUUCGUCUAUCCUUGGCCGUCCGCUGCACUGGCAGCAUUGCCUGGUGGGCCGGCGGAUUUGCUGGCGGUGCCGUACCUGCAUGCGGCCAGUGCCAACACGGACACCAAACCUACCGAGCUGAUCCAGCAGAUGAAAAACUUUGAAAGCAGCCAGGCCGAAGCAGUACUCAGUGCUCGUUUGGGCGGUGGGGGUAGCGCAUGCGGUGGCAGUGGGGCUAGUGCGGCCAGUAGCCUCGCCGGUACCGGUUCCGGUUCCACGGCCAGUGGUGGCGGUGGAACGGUAGGAGGCGGGCUGAGCAGUGGCAACACGCCAGUGCGCGAGUAUCGUUGCGAGUACUGUGGCAAACAGUUUGGCAUGUCCUGGAACCUAAAAACGCAUCUGCGGGUGCACACGGGCGAAAAACCGUUUGCAUGUCGGCUGUGUGUGGCAAUGUUUAAGCAAAAGGCGCAUCUGCUAAAGCACCUUUGCUCGGUGCAUCGGAACAUCAUCAACUCACCGGAAGCGGGCGGACGGUAUACCUGCUGCUUCUGUACACUAUACUUCGAGACGCUGCAGGAGCUGGUCCGCCAUCUUUCCGGGCAUCAUAACAACCUGCUGCUGAGUAAAAAUCUGCACGAAUGAUACGCAAUGCCACCGGUGGUGAUGGCACUUUCCGGCUCCGAUCGCAUCAACCAUCACACUACGAUCGAUCAUCGGGCACCGAUCGCCAAUUACGAGCAGAGCUAUCUGCGACGUUACUUUCAGCGUCACCAUCGGUUCGAACUGUACGCGUCACUGUAGCUCCUUGCCGUAUUGAACCCAUCGGUCACACUCGAAGGCGAGGGUUUAACGAACGUUGUUGAUGCGACAUUCGGUCAACGUACGGAAAGGUAAUCUUAUCGAAGCAAUAUGAAAGCAACGGAAGAGGAGAAAAAACAGUUCACGGCUCGUCCGUGUACAUACUUACAAUGCACCUUUCCUUCCUCUGCAGAGGUAUACUGAACAAAAAACCACAAAUACUUCGUCAAUUCAUUCCACUAAAGAGAGAAGAGCGAUAAUAGCAGAUUAGUGAGCAGAAGUAACAGUAGUAAUGGUAGUCGCUACCAUCCCGCUCGAACGCAUCGAUACUUAGCAAAAGUUUGCGAGUUUUGCCUUGAUUUUCCACAGGAAGAUUGAACAUUUCAAAACUCGAAAGCUGCUUGUUAGUCAGAACCGCGUGCGAAAUAACCCCCUUCACGAAGGUGAGCAGAUUUGUAGCUGUCCGUUUUUUCUUUUGUAUCGAUGUUGAUACUGUUUGGUGAGUGUAAAUGUAACAAUGACGAGUUAGUAGUACCAAGAGUUGCCAAACUGCAGCCACCACGUGAGCCGAAUGUGAGCGGCGUACCUACCGACCGACUGUUUGGGAUACUAGUGUAUACGCCUCAACUGCACUUGAUUGAGCAGUGAAUUAGAACAACCUUUCGAAACCAUAGAACACACACGACGGGAUACGAUGGUUAUAGUACUAAAGCAAACAAAAAUAUUCCACAUCUUGUACAUUUCACAGCCCCUUUAUCUCCUUUCCAUCAUCACUCGAUGAUGAUGGCAUCGUGCCAACUAUUUCACUUCCCAAGCGUCCGGUUUAAAGGAGGUACCGUACCUCGUAGCAAACUCCUUUACUUUGCUUUUCUCUUCUGGUGUUGCUUUUUCCAUUGCUUUGUGCAGAUUAAUUGAUGAUUUGUUCUACCAUUUUGCUAACCAAUGUAGUACAUCAAACAGAGGGGAAGAGAGGAGUGAUCCAUUUUAUUUAUUUUCGAAUCGAUUCUGCUUUGUCGUUCGGUUGAUACCGCCGCGGUUAUGUUUGUUGCUGAAGCACAAAGUAUACUUACUUUGCAUUUCAAUCACAACAAGGGUGACAAAAAGGCAAAAAUCAAAUGAAAAAGGCGAAUCCAUCUUCCCCUUUGCUUGAAUUAAACAAAAAAAAAAGCAACAAUAUAAUAUUCAGCACCAUAAUAUCAUCCUAUAUGUUGGUGCACAAACACAAACGUUGUACUUACAGAGUUGGAAGAUACUCCCAAAAGCACAAAUGAACCCUCUCUUCAAGACCCAAAGCACCAAGCCGAGCCUUUUACACUGGGUUCUUUGCCGUACAAAGGAGCAGGUCUCGUAAAUAUCUUUGUACCAGCAAAAGCAUGUUGAUCGCAUGCCAUUCUAUGUGUAAUACUCAUCCCGCCUUUUCGUGUGCUUUUUGGAGCACAAAGCUGUCCAGGACGGUUGAAGGACGUUUAAAAAUUUUCUUAUAAACUUAAAGUUUUUUUUAGGUGAAAAAAUCACCACCAGUUUGUUUGUUUAUGUUUGUUUUGUCGUUCCAAUCGCACAAAGAUGGUGCGUACAUUAUUAUUUUGAACUUUCAAUGCGCUUGUUAAAUGGUUAAUGUGUUCUUUUGCCCAUCGCCAACAGUGUGAUGGUUGGCAAACAAAAAAUUACAACACGAUUUGAAUUAAAAUGCCGCAAACUGUGAACACACCGCGUAUAAAGUAAAUACGGUAGCACUAUGCUGUAAAACAUGAAUUAAGAAAGCAAGAAAAGAAAAACAAACAAACAAACAAACAAACAAACAAACAAACAAAAAGCAAACCACAACAAUACUUAAUACAAUACGCGUAAUUUGUUAGUAGCUUACUAUUCAAACACACUCAUGUGUGGGAAGAAUGUGCGUGUGUGAUUUGUGUGAAGGGAAGGCGUUGAAACGAUUUGUUAUUAGCAAACAGAUGGUACAAAUUAUAAGUAUAGUGCAAGUAGUAAGAAACUUCUAAAUGGCUAGCGAAUUCGGCAAUAAUAAAAUAAACAAAACAUGUGAACAGCAUUGUGUGUUAUUAUAAUAAUGUACGAGCACGUUGUUACUCGGCCCGUGUAACUGUAAACAUAAUACUAAUCGGGCCGUUGUAGCGUUUCUCAACCUGCAGUGCUGUUCCACAUUUCAAACACUUACUUCCAUUCCGUAACUAGUACUAGUAAACAAUCUAAAUGUAUAAUUAACACUUAAAGAUAUGCUUGUGUGUGCAUAUGUCUCACACAAAGCACAGCAACACACACACACACGCAUAAGCACGACCCUCCGUUUCUUAGGCACACUCUGAAAGAGACAAUGCAAGCACCCACUAGAUCCCGGUAAUCUUACAUUGCUCCUGCAGAUGGGAGUAAAAGCUGGAGCAGGGAUGUGUUGCAAAGAUAUCGUACAAGUGUGCAUGUGUGCGUGUGUGUAUUGUUAAUAUUAUGUUAAGCUUUCAUCGUUAUUACCCUUUUCCCCAUUCCCGUAACGGCAUCAGUCAGUCACAGUUUUGCACAAAUUUUAACCGCGAGUUCUCCAAGAUGUGCUCCAAGUACUAGGUGUUAGGUUGUAAAAUAGUAGCUAAUAGUAUGAUUUUCACCCACUAUCAUCUCUACUUCCGGCAAGAGCACAACGUUUUGAACAAGUUUUGAUAGUUCAUAAACAGACACAAAAGAAUGUUGGAAGGCCAUGAUGCUGUUGCGAUAGGUUCAUCAGUAAAGGAGUAUAAGCGUGUCGUUGCGUCGCAAUCCCCUGUGACCCUGCACACAGUGCGCGCUGUUUUCCUUGUUAUAUUUUAUAAAAAAAAACCGUUUUGUUUGUUUGUUUUUUACCUUACUUCACUCAAGCACUCAGACACUCACCAUACACAUGAUCUAUUGUAGUAAGGAAAAUAAUUUAUAAACCAACGAAAUAUCCAUCUAACCCGGCACCGUCCUCGGAUCGGCAAAGCAUGGGACGACGGGACGGUAAUAGAGGGGAGUAAAAGCUUGAAUGCCAAAAAGUCGAAAAAUAUAAUUUACAAACAAUGGACAGGAAUGUGUAUUUAUAACGUUUAAUUCCCAACUCUUCCCCAAUCAACCCGAUUUCCUGCCUUUCCCCUCCGAUUAGUGAACAGACGAGUGCAGCAGCGCUACAUUCGUUAACAUCUGCUUUCCUUGAUGAAUGCGUGAUAAUGUGUGAACAUGCGCCAAACAUGAUGCAUGAUUUCAGCAGAAAAGACAAAACCUACGGACAAAUCCGUUCCCCCCUAUCGCUGUCGACGUACACAAAGGAUGUUAGUAUUAACACAAAGACCCCCCACACUCAUCAUUCCUUAGCACACUCAAGAAAGAGUGGGAAAGAUUACCGAAUGCAUGGUACAUAGAUGCAAGGAUUAGUUAAAGCAAAGCUCUAGCUCGAGCAUACGAUGCUGGAUGUACAUUUAUUGUGCCGAACACACUUAACGAGAGACACCUUACUAAGAGAGAAGCCCCUAGAAGAAGAAAAAAAAGUAAUAAAGACAGUUAGUGGAUAAUUUAGUGUUAAUAAUGAUAUCUCUUACCACAAAAUAGAGUAACUGGUACCGCGAUUAAAUGAAGGUAUGUGUCGAAGAAGAAUAGGAAACAAAAAACAAUAGAACAACAAAAUAGUAAAAAAAAAACAUUUUACCCCACUUAUACUCGAAAGAGUUGUGUUCAGUUUAGUGUGUAGUAAAUGUAUAAAUAUAUCGGCGUAUUCAAUAGUGUAGUAUACUAGAGCCUUUAAGGGGGUACUUAAACGAUGCACCCAUUAACAUAACCUAGCAAGGGGUAGCACACUCAUGCAAGCCUGUAUCGAUGGCAACCCCUGUGGCUACUACGUUGUCUUCUCGUCCCUUCAUCUUACACGAUGCCGUUAGUUGUACGAUCUAGUUUAAGCCGUUCGUACAACAUAACCGCACGGUACACAUAUAUACACAAACAUGCACACCAUUGUUCAUAGUAGACGUUAGUAAACGGUGUACAUAUAGAAGAAAUCGAUUGUUUGAAGAAACAAGGGCGCCGAUCGUGUAGAAAUGUAUUAUUUAAUAAAUGCUUUAUGAAUCAGAAACAAGA